AUAUAACUCACAAUAUUUCCACAGUUUUUCACAUUAUAUUUUUCUCUACAAUGUUUAUCCUCGAAUUAGGAAAACUGAAGAAGAGCAGCUUCGUUUUCAGAACCUUCCCAGUUUUAACUUACUGGCACAAGUUAGGAAUGAACUACAACUUUAUUCGUCCAGACUUACUUGUUGGGAUCAUUCUUAUAGGUUUUUUUCUUAUCAUUCUGUUAAAAUUAUUGAAUCUCUUGGAGCUGUGUUCUUUUUAUAUUCUCUGCUUGUUUACUGCAUUGGGGUUGAAAACCAUAUUUUGUUUGUAUUGCGGUGAUACUCAGUAUAUGCUAAGAAAUGUGGUUAUACUCAGCAUAUUCGCUGUUAAGGCCUUGGUAAUGCAAGCUUUAUUUUCUGAUUUUUGA